AUGGUGAAACCGGCAGCAAGAAUAGUGUUAAAGUUUGUAGAAUUACUAGGUUGUGUGGCGUGCGUUAUUACGAAGAUUAUCACCGACCAUGAGUCACGGCGUGUGUUUGUGCGAAACCAGAAGCUGUCACGCGAAUGGAGCCUGAUACACAACAUAACCUGGAGCAGCGGAGGGAAUGCAUUUACGAACAUCGUCUACGGUGGAUACACGAUAGUCAUCGCACUAAUGUUAAUUACAAGAUGCGUCGACGCCAAGUCACGUCCCAAUCUGUUCGAGAAGAUUGUACUGUCGCUGGGCACGCUGCUGUUUUUCGCUGCAGGUGGUCUGGUGUUUGCCUCCAUCGAUCAGGUCCAUCCGGAUCUGCACGACAAUGCCAUCAUCCUGGGCUGCCUGUCGUUCGCCGUGGCGAUCCUGUUCGUUAUCGAUCUGGCCGAUCCGCUGGCGCGCAUGACGGCGCACAUGACGCAAACGGACACGUCCAGCCUGGCAGCUGGCCGUGGCACGGAUGCCACCGAUAGGCCGAUACUGAAGAAGGACGUCGCAACGGACACUACCAUCGCCACCACCGAACCGACGGUGCUUGUCGUCUCGAAACCGGAAAGUCAAAACCAUGGGGCACCUCGUAGCCAACACCUGCAUGACUAUCGCGAGGAACCGUUUCUAAACCGCAGCAAUGAUUCCAUCGUGGAGCGGAAGGUGUACCCUUCGGCUCAGGUGCCAGUGUUUGCGCACGUCCGAGCUCCGGAGGAAAGCCGACGGAUCGCGGGGAAGGAGAUUCAGUAUCUACCGAGGCACGACUAUCGCGAUCGGCGGAACUACCGAGAUGCAGGACCAGCGUACCCGACGAACCGUUCGUCCACACAUGUUCCACCACCGACGCACCAUCAUCAGCAGCCACAGCAUCAACAUCACCAACCGCAACAUCGUGGCUCGCCAGGGUACCACGAUAACGACUCCUUCGUCGACGACAUUCUUCCCUCGCGAAGGAGCACCUACGUACCGGCGGAUAAGUUCGAUCAGGAGGCCAUGCAGAUGAGUGCCAAUGGCGUCGGUCACCAUCGCUCCCGUCCGGCACCGCCGGCGAAGCCUCUGAACAUCAUCCGGACGAACUUUUCCUCCAACCAGAGCUCACCGACGGAAUCGCAGCACAGUGGGGGCGAUUGUCGGUGUUCGCAGCGUAGUACCAGCACCAGAAAGAUGGAGGAUGCGCGAGACGAGUUCGACUCACCGAUCCGGCCUGGGUUCGUUGCUAGCGCCGCAAAGAAGUGGGACGAUCGGGCACGCAGCAAAAGUCAACCCAUCGUCGGUCUCAACACGAUGGUUUGA